GAACACAACAGUAUCGUAGAACGUUCAUCUGCAGAUUUUUUCUACUCAGAAGUUGGUGAAAGUUUUGUGUGAAUAUUAAAGCUGAAGACUUCAAGCAAAUAAGGAAAUAUAGAGAAAAACACCAAAAUGAGUGAAGGACUAAAAAUCACCCUGAUCCUCAUGUCCAUCAUUUUCCUCAGCCAACUCUGCUGGACCCAGGAAGAGGAAGACUUUCAAAAUCAUUACAGUUCCCAGUAUAGGCUGUUGUGUCAAGAUGCUUGCCUGAUGCAUGGAGAGAAUUACUACUGGUGCAACACUUACGGGGGCUGGGAUUACUGCUCGUUAAAGAAGAACACUGACUAUAAAGGCAACGAGUGUGAAGAUGACCAUCCCUGUGACCUGCAUUGUCAAGAUUACUACUGGUGCUAUACAAAGACUGGGAGUUGGGAUUACUGUGGAAAAGUGACACCCAAAAAAGAGAAAAGCAAACAAAUUUUUAAAGGUUCACAUUAUCUGCGUGAUUGCAAGGACGAUUGUUCCUACGAGAAGUCAGAGUCAUACUACAGGUGCUACACAGAUAAAGGGUGGGACUUUUGCUCUCCAACACCUGAUGUCACGUACAAGGGUGAGCUGUGCCAAUCCGGUCACCCGUGUGACACCUAUGGCCUUGACUACUCCUGGUGCAGGACAGUCUCAGGCUCGGACUACUGUGGCAUUGUUGAAAACAUCGCAAAUUCUGGUCACAUAUAUGAGAUCCUUUUGCUUGAACACAACGGGAAUAUGACCAAGCUGAAGCCAAAGUGGGAUCCUAAAGUAAUAGCAGAGGGAAGAUUAAGUAAUGAGAUAUCACAAAUAAUUGCACACUGGAGCAACAGUUACCUACAUGAUGACAGCGAGUCCAAUGUCAUCACUACAAAUAACCUUCGUCUUGACCUAAUAAUAUGUCUUAUUAUGGCCUUCAAAUUGAGUUGAACAUGCAUCGUCCACAAGGAAUUAGUACCACACUUGCACAGGUGUUCUUACCACAGACUGUCAUUCCAGAAAGACACGUCCAUAGGGCAAUGACCGAGAGCUUCUGCAAACGUGCCACAGAUUUUGUGACUCUUGAGCAACAGUUCCAGUAGUGAGGAUAAAUGUGUCUUAAUCCAAUCUGAAGAUAUUGAUUAAUGAACAUUGUGUCGUAAUCAACAACUAAGCUAAAGUUGAAAAUUUUCUUAAGCAACAUUUAACAUUUAAACUUCUGCUUGCUGCCUGAAGCUAAAGAACCA